AUGGCGCGCCUUGUACUCUUAUUCGCCCUGCUUUCGCUGGGUUUCAGUCAAGUUUCCGCCUUGGGUGGCGCUAUGCAAGGUCUUGAAGAUGCAAUGCAAAUCCAACGUGAACAGCUCGCUCGGCUUGGUGAUUUUUUGGGUCCAACGCCCCAAUUGCAAUCGGUCGCCAAGAGGGAAUCUACCAUCACAUUCUCCAACCCAGCGGCAGAAAAAUUCUUUGUGGAUGGAACCACCAUUCCCGAUGUCAAUUUCGAUGCUGGACCUUCUUGGUCGGGUUUGAUGCCCAUCUCGGGCGACCCAAACGAGACGCGAAAACUUUUCUUCUGGUUCUGGCCGACUACCAACGCGUCCAAUACCAAAGAUCUGAUAUUUUGGACUAACGGCGGCCCGGGAUGCAGUAGUCUUGAAGGAUUCUUGCAGGAAAACGGGCCGAUCUCUUGGUCGUGGGGUCAAGCGGAACCCACUCCCAAUCCAUUUGCAUGGAAUAGUCUCGGUCAUAUGAUAUGGGUUGAGCAACCAGUUGGAACUGGAUUCAGCCAAGGGACCCCAAAUAUUACCAAUGAUGAUCAGCUAGCACAGGAACUCGUUGGCUUCUUCGAACAAUUCCUAGAAGUCUUCAGUGAGCUCAAGGGAAACAAUCUUUGGUUAACGGGUGAAAGCUAUGCUGGCUUUUACGUUCCACGAAUUGCCAACUGGAUUUACGAACAUCCCGGGCUCGAUCUCGCUUUGAAAGGCAUCUGGAUCGCUGAUCCGUCCCUUUCCUACGGUGUCGUGCAGCAAGACAUUCCUGCUCUCCGAUUUGCGCAAGCGAAUAAAAAUGUGUUCCCAUUCAAUAGCACCUUCAUGGCACAACUCCAGGCGACAUCAGACAGUUGCGGGUACACCGAUUAUGUCGACAAAUUCGUGACCUACCCUCCCGCUGGUCCGCUUCCAUUCCCCGCUGGAGUUCCCAAGGGCAGCACCUCCGCAUCCACCGCUUGUCGUCUCCAUAGUCCUAUUCAGCGUGCUGUUGGAGUUCUGAACCCGGUGUUUAACGUUUAUCGAGUGACUGAUACCUUCCCGAACCUCUGGAGCGUGUUGGGUUUCCCUCGCUCAACACAAGAAUUCGUUUAUUUCAACAGAACUGAUGUCAAGAGUCACAUUUUUCGUGAAAGACGCUUGCUGACUUCUUCAAAGGUUCAAGAUGCUAUACACGCUCCCCACAUCGUUUGGGAAACCUGCUCGGAUGGCAGUGUUUAUCUCCCUGGAGGCGAUCGCACAGUUCCUUCUAUGUUAACUGCUGCUGGAAGCAACAUCAGUGUGCUGGGUAACGUCAUCGAGAAGUCAGUGCGCACCGUUGUAGUCCAUGGUUUGGCGGAUAUGAUCCUCAUGUCGGAGGGGACCCGAAUCGCUAUCCAGAACAUGACGUGGGGUGGUCUCCAAGGAUUUCAAACGCCGAUUGAACCGGAAAGCUUCAAGGUUAAAAACAUGGGAGUCUUUGGCAACGAACACACUGAGCGCGGACUGACCUAUGUCGAAUUUUACUAUUCUGGACAUAUGACUCCUCAAUUCGUCCCCUGGGCAGCUUUCAGCACUAUCAGUUUCCUACUGGGGAAACAGGCGACUCCUUCUUCAGGCUAA